GUUGGUAGUUGAGCUGCCUCUCCGGUCGCUGUCUCGGUGCGCCGUCAGAGUGGAUGCGUUUGGAUUGACUGUGUGCGCUUCAGCCGGUGAGAAGAUCACUUCCUAAAAAACAAACAAACAAAAAAACCUGAAGUGACGCUUUCGUGCAGUGCGACAGCGGCGCUCUCCCACGUCUCCUCCUUCUUCCCGGAUUGGAACACCCGCAGGGGCGAGCAGACUCCAGCCCAGACCGGGAGAAGGUGAUCAAGCUUCGGCCUCAGGUGCAUCUCUGAGGCGGGGCGACGCGGAAGGUCCAGGUGUUGUGGAGGCAUGGACUGCAACUGCGUCAGCGAUCUGCUGCUCCCCCCGGUGCCCGCUCUUUGGACGCCAGGGUUCGCCUUCCCGGACUGGGCCUACAAGCCAGAGUCGAGCCCUGGUUCCAGGCAGAUCCAGCUGUGGCACUUCAUCCUGGAGCUGCUGCAGAAGGAGGAGUAUCAGGGUGUGAUCGCCUGGCAGGGAGACUACGGGGAGUUUGUCAUCAAGGACCCAGAUGAGGUGGCCCGGCUGUGGGGGAUUAGGAAGUGCAAGCCUCACAUGAACUACGACAAGCUGAGCCGGGCGCUGAGGUAUUACUACAACAAGCGCAUUUUGCACAAAACCAAAGGGAAGCGGUUCACCUACAAGUUUAACUUCAGUAAAGUGGUGCUGGUGAACUACCCCAUCCUGGACAUGGCUAACUCUCCCUUCUUUCUGGCCCAGAACCACUUUAACGGGGGCUCGGCUGCUCCGGACUGCAGCCCAGAGGUACGAACGGCCAUACAGUCCCUGUUUCCUCGUUUGCCAGAUAGUGGCAGAGGAACGUCCCUGUUUGAUCGGGGCUCCGCACCGCCGGGACCUGAAGGAGACAAACUGAGACUGGACACAUUCCCUUUCCUUGGUUCAGGUGCCCCAUGCUACUCCAAACCCCCUUCCCUGCUGGGCCCGUACCCCCGCAAUCCGCCCUUUGACUACCCCUGGAGUUUCAACCCAUACCUCCCAGGGGCCUUCUCUCUCAAUAACUGCCCCAAACUGCCCCCUGGCUCCCUCUACCCCUCCCAGUUUUACCCCAACCCUCUGCAGAGCAGCCUUUCCCAGCUGCCUCACCCCUUUUCCUCAUUGCUUCCCCCAGGGGAGGCUGCCGGAGGUGAAAGGGGAGCACCGGGGCAGACCGGCGGGACAAACGGCACAGCGGGUGGUCAGCCGGCUCGGCUCUGCCUGCCACCCUACCCAGGCGGCCUGCCGAUGGGUCGGACUGACAUCGGCAAUGGGGCGACACUCGGGGAGAGGGAGAGGGUGGAGGCAAAUCCUCCCAGCACAGGCCUCGGUCUGGGUUUGGGAGCCGUCAGCCUCGGAGCCGGGACGGGCCAGCCGAGCCCCACCGAGAGGAGGGGUGGCGUGAAGCAGGACCCCGAAUCAGACUCAGACCUGGAGAUAACAGAUCUGAGCGACUGCAGCUCGGACAACGAGAACGAGCAUGACUUUGGCAUCGGGAAAGAGUCGAACCUGGUGAGCCGGUCGCCACUUGUGUUGGAUGGAAAGAAAGGGAGCCUGCUUCCUCCUAUCACCUCACUCCCCCCACCGGUGUCUCCUCAUCCAUUGAAGAGCCUGAUGCCCCUUACUCCUCCACCUCCUUCCCUGCCUCCAUCACUCUCUCCUUCCAUGGCUCUGCAUGACAGACACAGGGAGGCAGAGACUCUGAAAAUGAUCCAUAGCUAAGACAUUAUCUGAUCAUACUGGCCGGUCUACGCUCUGAUAACUCUCUUCUUUUUUCCUGUUGCAAUCAGUCAAAUCUUUGUUCACUUCUGAUUAUUAUUUUUCCAGGUGAAGCACUUCAGUCCAACACUUCUGAAACUGCUGUUUCCCUGUUUGCUGUGUAAGUGUUUUAAUUUAUCACCCUGCUGUCUCCUCCAGAUUAGAAUACAAUAUUUUUAGCUGUUAAGGUGUCAGUUUUUUCAUUUUGCCUUUUCUGUUUUGAUUUUUCACACUGAGUGAGUGCAAGAACUCUUCAAUUUGCUGUCUGUAGAGAACUUUGACAAGAGGACAAGGUGGUAAAUUGCCGAUCAGUUCUGGCUGUAAAAAUAUGAGCAUACACCAAUAAAUAGGAAAAUUCAAAACAAAUUUCAAAUUUAACAAAUAUGCAUUUAAUUUCUUGGGACUUAAUAUAUAUUCAUAUUUAAGUACGUUUAAAAUAUAAUUUAUUAAGACAUAGUCAAAUGUUGCCAUCUAGUGGUUGUCUUAGGCAAUACUUUUCACAGGCUUUAACUUAAUGCAGUCCCUUUUGAAAAUUAUUCACACGACUUGAACUUUUUCACAUUUUGUUCCACUACAAGCACAGACUUUAGUAUGUUAUUGUAUUAAUUCUUGAUUUUAAAAAAUGCAAGUUUCAAAUGCUUCUACAACUAAAAAUCCAAAAAGUGUGGUGUGAAUGUGCAAUUAGCAGCCCUAAAUUUAA